AUGGUUGGGAUGAUGUUAGUAGUUAUUGAAUUUGCUUCUGAUGUAGGUGAUGAUGAGUGGAAAAAGUUUCACUCAUUCGUCAUAAGAAUGGGAAGAGGAAGCAAGAUCAUCAUCAUUAGUAGGCUUCAAAGACUAGCUCGAUUUGGAACGGUGAAGCCAAUUUUCUUAAGUGUUCUAUCUUAUGAUGAGUUGAGCUACCUUUUCAAGACUCUGGCAUUCGGAAGUGUAGACCCUGCAGAACAUUCAAUGCUAGUACAGCUAGUAGAUAAAUUUGCCAAGGGGUUGCACGGUACACAUGGUUCACUUCUCGCAGCAAAUAUGUUUGCGGAUGUGUUGAGAAGGAAACUCGAUAUUCAGUUUUGGCGUUGCAUAUUGGACAAGGGGCUAAGAUACGUUAGAAGAAAUCUCUCCAUGUAUGGUGCGCACCCAAGCACACUUAUAGAACAAGGCCAUCCAGUGGACAUAACAGACUUUGCUUUGCAUCCACUUAGCAUGACACCUUAUACUGUUUAUGUUUCAAUGAAUAAGGAAUCACCAAGUGUGACAUUUGGGCAACUUCUAUCAGAUCCUAGUGUUAGACCGGAACAAGACUUUAUGCUAAUUUCAUGGGAAUCAAGAAUGCCACCUCAUAAUUCAUUUGCUUGUUUUGUUACAAGUCAUGCUCAGGCCACAUUUGAAGGUAGUGCCAUACCAGGGAGGAAGCGAAGAGGAGUGCGAAUCUAA